AUGGGCUCCGCACAAAGUCUCCUGUCACCUGAAGCCGCUGUCACUGUUGCUGUUGUCGCCGGUGCCGUUGGAUUCGGCUACACCCAACUUAGCCAUGGCUCUUCAAGCCCACCAACCAAUACCAGUGCUCCAGGCGAAACCGCUGCGAAGAAGGGAAAGAAGAAGAAGCAAGGCGGAAAGAAGGCUGGUGGAGAGGCGUCGGAAUCAACUUCUGCUCCUACGAGCAAGCCUGAGGUUCACGUUGUCCCAUUCCCAGAGGUCAUCCCUGGCCAGUUCGAUGCGGGAACGCCAGUGGAGGCUUCUGCACCUGAAGCAGCGGCGCUGAAGGCAAAGAAGUCAAAGAAGAAGAAAGGAAAGGCAGCAAGCACCGAGGCAGCAGCUGCCAGCCCAGGAACCGGCGCGAACACACCACAUGGUUCUCCAGCGGGUGCCUCGUCUACAGUGGACUACCUCUCGGAGGCGUCAGUCAAGCCAGCUCAAGCUUCGAAGUCGAAGAACGCGAAACGCCCUGCUGCUGGCAGCCAGCAAACGCCCCAGGAGCCGUCGGCUAGCACCCAAGCACCAGCUCAAACCCCGAGUGCGCCAACUCCGUCGACCUCUUCUCCCCAACUCACCCGUCCCUCGCAUUUGUCCACCACCUCUCUCGACACAGAUGGCUCGUGGACGCGCGUAGGGUCUCGACGCCGGGAUGCGACGGCCUCGUCAGCUUCAGCCAAAUCCGCUGAUGAGCCUACGGCGAGCGAUGCUGGCGUCGCCGCCUCGAAUACAGGGAAUUCGUCUCCUGUGGCGGAACGUGCCGCCGUGUCGACGACGGAGGAUGAGUCACAGCCCGACUCGUUUCUCCUUCAUUCAUCAGUGAGGGACCGGACGGGAGAGAAUCGUAAGACUCUGGCGGAGAAGUUAUUGCCCAAGCCCAGGAAAACUGGAGUCGACGACAUGCUCGAGACCUCGGACUACCCCACCCUAGCACGCGUCAUGCGUGUGCAGCCUCUUCCGAACGAGAAGCCAGCGAGUGGGUUCUCAUGGGCCGACUACGAGGACGUACGUGUGGCGACUGACGGAGGCGAAAACGACGCAGAUGGGGAAGAUGACGGGUGGGGUGUUGUCACAAGCAAACGACCCAAACGCACCAUCUCCACCUCUCAGCCUAGCCCUGGGAAUGUCCCCCAUUCUCCACAUACUGCCAAGGCCCCAGAGACCCUCACAAAACGCCAGCGUCAGAACGCCGACAAGCGCGAUGCGCAAAAGGCCGCUAAGGCCGACGCGGAGGCCGAGCGCCUCGCCGCGCUCGCGAAGCACAAGCGCGAGCUCGAGCAAGUCAAAAUGGCCGAGCAGGAGAAGGAACGAGAGAGGGAGAGGAAGAAGGGGAAGGCAGUGAGUGGGGGUAUGAAGGCGGGUGUGGAUGAGAAGGGGAGGUUGGUUUGGGAGUAG